AGCGCGGAGCCAAGACGCACGCACGCUGGCAGCCGGCCGCUGGAAUUCCAGGAGAAAAGUGAGGCGAGCCAGGCUUAGCUAAGGGAGAAGAGAGAGCUAGAGAGAGAGAGAGAGAGGUAGAGAUCGCCCCUGAUCGCUUCAGGUCUGGGUGCGAGACAAGCCACUCGGGUCUCGGUCCCCGAAGCUCCCACUAGGAUUGUUUGGUUCCCGGGCGCAGAAUCCGCCGGCGCAUUUCUGAUUUGCGUUUUAUUCUCACCCUUUAGCCUCGCCGCUUCCUCGCAACCCAUUCCGGGCGCAGCCAGUCGCUCCCCCCACCCCAACUCGCCGGCCCCCUCUUGGGAAGCGCGGGGUGGAAUCGGCCCCGCGGGGACUCACUCGCGCCUCCCGGGACCAGCCAGGAUCCGCGGCGGCUCGGGCAGCCCUCCAGACCGGCUUCGCGGAGGAAGCGCCUCUGUACACGUCUACGUGCCUUUUGGUUUCAGCGGGCACGGGGUGGGGGGCGUCGAGAACAGCCCACCGCCCCCCAAAAGCCCCAGCUGGAGACGGAGAGGAGGAACGCGGGACUGACUCCAGAGCUUCAUCCAGUGGACUAGCUGGGAUUGCCACCUUGGAUUUGGGGCAUAUUAUUACUGCGUGCUCAUUACCAUUAUUAUUACUACUAUUAUAUUAAUCUUACCUAAGGGAGAAAGACAAAACAAAACAAAACUGGGAUUUAUUUAACAUGAUCUUGGCAAACGCCUUCUGCCUCUUCUUCUUUUUAGACGAGACCCUCCGCUCUUUGGCCAGCCCUUCCUCCCUGCAGGGCCCCGAGCUCCACGGCUGGCGCCCCCCAGUGGACUGUGUUCGGGCCAAUGAGCUGUGUGCCGCCGAAUCCAACUGCAGCUCCCGCUACCGCACGCUGCGGCAGUGCUUGGCAGGCCGGGACCGCAACACUAUGCUGGCCAACAAGGAGUGCCAAGCGGCCCUGGAGGUCCUGCAGGAGAGCCCACUGUACGACUGCCGUUGCAAGCGGGGCAUGAAGAAGGAACUGCAGUGCCUGCAGAUCUACUGGAGCAUCCACCUGGGGCUCACUGAGGGGGAGGAGUUUUAUGAAGCUUCGCCAUACGAGCUGGUCACCUCCCGCCUCUCGGACAUCUUCAGGCUUGCCUCUAUCUUCUCAGGGACAGGAGUGGACCCACUGGUCAGCACCAAGAGCAAUCAUUGCCUGGAUGCCGCCAAGGCCUGCAACCUGAAUGAAAACUGCAAGAAGCUACGCUCCUCCUAUAUCUCCAUUUGCAACCGUGAGAUCUCGCCCACUGAGCGCUGCAACCGCCGCAAGUGCCACAAGGCCCUGCGCCAGUUCUUUGACCGGGUGCCCAGCGAGUACACCUACCGCAUGCUCUUCUGCUCCUGUCAGGACCAGGCCUGUGCUGAGCGCCGCCGACAGACCAUCCUGCCCGUCUGCUCUUAUGAGGACAAAGAGAAACCCAACUGCCUGGACCUGCGCAGUGUGUGUCGGACUGACCACCUCUGCCGGUCCCGGCUGGCGGACUUCCACACCAAUUGUCGUGCCUCCUACCAGACGCUCACUAGCUGCCCUGCAGACAAUUACCAGGCAUGCCUGGGCUCCUAUGCUGGCAUGAUCGGGUUUGAUAUGACACCCAACUACGUGGACUCCAGCCCCACCAACAUCGUGGUAUCCCCCUGGUGCAGCUGUCGUGGGAGUGGCAACAUGGAGGAGGAGUGUGAGAAGUUCCUCAGGGACUUCACUGAGAACCCAUGCCUCCGAAAUGCCAUCCAGGCCUUUGGCAAUGGCACCGAUGUGAACCUGUCCCCUAAAAGCCCUUCCUUCCAGGCCACACAGGCCCCUCGGUUGGAGAAGAUGCCCUCUCUGCCAGAUGACCUCAGUGACAGCACCAGUCUGGGUACCAGUGUCAUCACCACUUGCACAUCUGUCCAGGAGCAGGAGCUGAAGGCCAAUAACUCCAAAGAGUUUAGCUUGUGCUUCACAGAGCUCACAACCAACACCAUCCCAGGGAGUAACAAGGUGAUCAGACCGAACUUAGGCCACCUCAGGGUCCAACCAUCGGCUGCGUUGACUGCUGUGGCUCUCCUAAUGCUGAAGCUCGCCUUGUAGGCUCUGGGACCUGUGACGGAGUUUUCUGGAAUCUGCGUGGACAAGAAAUGGAAACUCCUGACAAUAUGGAAAUAUACACAGACAUACAUACCUUGCAAAAAAAAGUUUUUUUCCUACCUUGUCUUCAAAACUGUCUCCUCCUAGGUUUCUUCUCUGGAGAAGUUUUUUCUAAACCAAGCAGACUAGCAGGCAGGUCCACCCAAGAGCUGGCCCUGAGAUCUGGCCAGAAAGUCACAUGUUGAGGAGGCAGUCAGAAGGCUCUAGAAACACCCUUCAAUUUCUCCUUGGUGUUUUUGUCUCUGGACCCUGCUGAUAAGAGUCCUGGAUGAAACCCCUACAGCUAUGGGGAAUGGAGGUUGUGCCUGAAGUGGCUUGGGCAGGACAGCUACACUGCUGAUUUAGAUCCCUGGCCAUUCCUUCUCAGGCUUCUGGCAAGUCCAGCAGAGUGCAGGGCUAUGGAACCGCAUGGCCUCUGCCUUUAGCAUCUUCUGGACCCCUUUAAGAGGGAACUUCUGCUGUCCUCCUCCUCUGCCCCAGGAGGGUCUGUGUCUGGCUGAGUCAGGGGGCUCAGUGUUCAUCCCCUGACUAACAUGGGUGGGAUCUGGGCCAGUGGGGGGAGGUUUGGGAGCUCAGCCACCUAGGAGAUCCCCUAUGGGGAAGGGAACGCAGCUUGGGCACCACCUCCAGAUGCUGCCUCUUCCCUUGGGGCAAAGUGAAAAGAUCCUUGUGGUCUCUUCGGUUUCUCUGGGUCCAUUUGGGGGUGUUCCAUUGUGGGAAGGGGCUGUUGAGAGGGACAGCACAGACACGCACAGGCUCCCACCUCAGAUGUCUCUUCCCCUUUCCCUGUCUCUCUCCUUCACUGCUGUCCCCUCGUUUCGGAGAUGUACACCCCUAUAUGUACAUAACAAGGCUCCUCAGCAUAUAUGUAUAUACACAUUCAUAUACAUAUAUCACGUGCUUUCCCCUUUAUUUCCUUUUUUAAGAAACAAAAUGAUCAAAAUACCUGACAGAUGAGCGAAAAAGUAUUAUUGUAAAGUUUAUUUUUUUUAAUAAUGUUGUUUAUAGCGGGAAAACAGACUUGCCCCUGUGUUCCUGCCCUGUUGGCUGACCGGGCUGUGGAAGGGGGUUCUGAUCUGUGUUCAUGCUCAGCCAAGGUUUCAAUAAAUAUAAUAGGACACA